UGUCAUGGUUGAUGCCGAGCUGUCGCACGAGCUUGAUCGCCUCGCACUUGUCAAACAUUUCAGCCUCAGGGUCUUCAAGGAUGCGCAACGUCUCAAUAGCCGCAGCAUUCGCCUCCCCCCCGGAACCCUUCUCGUUGCUGUGUGCCAAACAGGGAUAUCAGUGUUGAGACAGUCAGAGAACAAAGAUGGCACUUUCCCGAGUGAGAAGACUUCAUCUUUCCUGCUCAGAUGCUGAAUGUUUGGAGACGAGACACCGAAAAGUGUGCGAGAAGGGUUGGUGACACAAGGCCUCGAGUCAUCGUGUUUGAUUUCAUAAGGUAGGUUUUGAGUGACCAGGUUGUCCAAAGAAGAUCUUGUUUCGGUGUACG